AUGGCAAAGAGCAAAGGCCAGCGGCCCGUGAUGGAUUAUGAAUCUCUGAUGUCCUUGUCGAACACAUCAAGGCUUGAAGCUAUCAGCGCAAUGGACCGGUUGUCACGACGGCUUAGUAGCUCGUCCAGCUUAGCCAAGGAGAGACGCAGUCACACGGGCUCGGUGUCUAGCGGCAGCAGAAGUUCCAGCACGAAGGGGCAAGGCCGGAAGCGAUCGUCCAGAGAUGCUCAAUUGGACCGCCGGGUGGCCAUUCGAGGCGCAGUCGCAGAUGACAGGAACGAAGGGCCAAAGAAGAAGCCAUCCGCUACUUUGAGGAAGCCGACACCACCACACGGCAAAGAUGAAAGUCGGAGCAAGGUAUCUAGAGGCGACUCCAAGGGCAGCAGAAACGAGAGGCUCAAGCGUCCAGAGUCUCCCGAGAGCCGGACAGUGUCACAGUCACAGUCUCGGAAUCGCAUUUCAUACAUAUCCAUGUCCUCAAACAGCACCAAGCUCGGCGAGAUACGAUAUCGGCAGUCAUGGGACUUGUUAGACCAAGGCCUUAAUGACGAGAGGUACUACAACGCCCAGACCGUCUACCCGCUACAACCCUACCAGCGGCAGACAAAGGAGAAGCGCGGUCUUCUUGGGCGGAUAUUCCGCAGCUGA